CACGAGCUGAGCAAGUACGUUCAUGCGCUGUCCAAGUCUUCGCUGACAUACAAUCGCCACGUCUGGGGAAAGCUCACAGCUACAGAUCGCAACCACAUCGCGGCCAAGUACACCAAGUCUUACACAGUCGCGGUAGGACCACCAAAGGCCAACUCACCGAAGCACCUCUUCAUCAGCAAGGACGUCGUCGCCCUCACCGGCGUGCCCGAGUUCGGACACCACCAGUGGGCAGCCCGAGUACGCUACCUGCCCCGACUUCUCAACCAUGCUCCUAUCCAACUGCUGCAGUUGCUGGGCACCCAAGCAGCAGUAGAACACGAACAACAGCCAGCGCACUAUGAGUAUCUGUGCUACGUCUGCGGAAUAACGACCAGGACCAAGAACGACAUGGAUGACUACGAGACCGAGUUCGGAGAAGUACAGAGCAUCAUCAACUGCAAGGACCUGGACACGUACGGCGACGAGGCUGGAGAGGACGAGUGCGAG